CAGGAAACCCGUUUAAAACAUGAAAUGAAAGAAUACCUGCAUGUUUUCAGUUUCCCGAACAAUAUUUUCUUGAGAAAAUCGGCUACUAUAUUAGAACUUCAGUACCUAUAUGGAUACAGCGCAUGUAUGUGCGCCAAGUGCCUGCUCUUAUGUUAGGUACUCACAACUCGUCCAACACGGUACUUGGCACUCUAAAAUCAACGUAAAAAGGCGACUAUCAAUCUUAAUCUCCCUCGAACCUCUCCAAUAUCAAGUCAUACUAAUUCCUGUAAAUCAAACACAGCCCAAUCUUCCAUCAUGUCCUCCGCCGCACCCUUCAACCCAACCAACAUCGAUCUCACAACCACCCCCUGCUUCUCCGCUCUCAACUCAACCCAAACCAACAGCCUUCUCAGCCUCCGCAUCUCCUCCAUCUUCGUAAUCGGCUUCACCUCAACAUUAUCAACCUGCUUCCCCCUUCUCCCACGGCGAAACCCCCGCUGGAAAAUCUCCGGUGGGAUAUAUACCUUCGCACGCUUCUUCGGCACAGGCGUUAUCAUCGCUACGGCAUUUAUCCAUUUGCUUGACCCAGCGUACGAAGCUAUUGGGCCGCGGAGUUGUGUUGCUGCGGAUGGAGUGUGGAGUAAGUUUCCCUGGUGUGCAGGCAUCGUCUUAACGUCGAUCUUGCUUGUUUUCUGUGUGGAUCUCGCGGCGGAAGUGUAUGUUCAACGGCAAUUCGGGCAAGCUAGGGAAGGAGAUGGGGUUGUGCGGUGCGGAGAGCGGGAUGCGUUACUUGCUGCACAGCAACGACACGAUGCUGCGGCAGGAAAAGACAAUGCGAGUUUCUCAUCAGAUUUCUCAUCAGAUACAGAACGGAGGGAAGUAUCCAUGCGGUCUCAUAUAUCCUUUGCACAGCAAAUUAGCACGUUUCUUGUGCUGGAACUCGGGAUAAUAUUUCACUCCGUCAUCAUCGGGUUGAACCUCGGUGUCGUGGCUUCAUCGACUUUUACUACGCUUUACCCCGUCCUAGUCUUUCACCAGUCCUUUGAAGGUCUCGGUCUCGGCGCUCGCCUAUCGAAUAUCACCUUUCCUCUCAACAGAUCACGGAUGCCUUGGGCACUGUGUGCGCUUUAUGGACUUACGACGCCACUGGCGAUUGCGGUGGGGUUGGGUUUUAGAGCUACGUAUGUGCCUGAGAGUAGAGGGGGGAUGAUAGUCCAGGGUGUUAUGAAUGCCGUGAGCGCGGGUUUCUUGAUUUACAGUGCUUUGGUUGAGUUGCUAGCUAAGGACUUUUUGUUUGAUAUGGAAAGGACGAGGGAUUUGGGUAAAUUGGGUUUGAUGAUUGUAUAUGUCUUUGUUGGCGCCGCUGCUAUGGCAAUGCUUGGGUAUUGGGCGUAGGGGCAAGAAAGGUCGGCUUGUAUAUCGUGCACAGGUUGCUUGUCAUUUUUGGGAUUUCUUUGGCAAUCUUGAUACUGAAAUAGGACGACUUUCGUGCCAAUGGUAGGAAAGUGUUAGGAAACAUCCCUCUUCUCUCUUUCCACGCAAGGCCUAUGCUUCCAUUAGUCAAAUAAACGAAUAGCUUCUAUACACAAUGUACAGAAUAUGCAUUAUCAUACACUCUCAAUGUAUGAAGAUAAAAGAGCCACUGCUGUUCAAGCAAAAUUCACAACUGUACCAUCAGUCCCCUUGACCCCCCCCACAAGGACAAAAAAUAAUUUGUUAGGCCACCUCUUACAGCCCGAAUGAGCAAAAAAGAAACACGCUGUUCUCCGCUCCCAGAAUCGAACUAGGGACCUUUCGAUUACAAUUGCUAUUACAGUCGAACGUGAUAAACCAACUACACCAAGCGGAGUUGUCUAUUCGAUGAUGAAUAGGCU